CAAACGGAGCGCACGGUCGGUCUCCCUGGCAGUUCCCUGUCUUCUCGGCCGCCUCCCCUUCCUCGAACUCCGCGCAGGCGGCUUCGCGCGAUUUCGAGCGCCGGAGCUCUUCCUGCCCCUUCCUCGUCCGCUCUGGCUGCUCCGGCGCCGGAUGAGCGAGCAAGGCGGCGGUCCCUCGGUGGUUUCUCGGAGGAGCUGCCGGUCCGUGUAGCGGGAGUAGCGGACGGGCCCCAUGUUGUUCGGGUCCAGGAGGAGGGUGGAGGACGAGGUGGCGCUCACGAGGCAGAGGACCGUGAGAUUUCAUGAUGAUAGGGCAAAGCCAGUCAUACCUAUUCACCAGAAGCAGGCAGGGCUAGCUGCUAGCAGGCUCGGCUUGGGGAAUUCAGGGAAAAACAAGAUUUUUGUGGCAGGACAUGAGUCACAUGACUUGUGGUUCAACAAGAUUAUUGACCCAUCAAGCGAUUUCAUCUUGACAUGGACCUAUGUCUUCCGUGUAUCAUGCUUCAUUGCUCUAUUCAUGGACCCUCUGUAUUUCUAUGUGCCUAAAAUCGUUUAUGGUCCAACCACCUCUUGUAUCGGGAAGGAUAGGCGCCUAGCCAUCAUCGUUACUGUCUUCAGAUCAAUUGCCGACCUCUUUUAUGCCAUCCAAAUUAUGAUAAAGUUCAGGACUGCAUAUAUUAAUCCAAGCUCAGCGUUAGGGGUUUUCGGUCGAGGAGAUCUCGUCACAGAUUCUAAGGAAAUAGCAAAGCAGUAUUUCAGAUCUGACUUUGCAGUUGAUCUAGUGGCUUCUUUGCCUUUGCCACAGAUCAUUAUUUGGUCUGUGAUACCCGCUAUCAAAUAUUCUUCGUCUGAGCAUGACAAUGAUAUACUGCUUCUGGUUGCUCUUUUUCAGUAUAUUCUAAGAUUAUACCUCAUGUUUUCAUUGAAUAAUAAAAUAGUCAAAGUUACUGGGAUUUUUGCGAAGACUGCUUGGCAAGGAGCUGCAUACAAUCUGCUGUUAUACAUGAUUGCUAGCCAUGUCUUAGGAGCACUAUGGUACCUGCUAUCCUUUGCUCGCCAGACCGCGUGUUGGAAAAAAUAUUGCAGGAAUGAAACUGAUUGCCACACCUGGUACCUUGAUUGUGGUGUAAAACCAGAUCCGAAUUGGCAAAACACGACUGGAGUCUUUAGUAGCUGUAAUGCUAGUAGUCAAAAUAUCAGUUUUGACUAUGGUAUGUUCCAGCCAUUGUUAUCCAACAGAACUCCUAGUCAGAGCUUCCUGAGGAAGUACUUCUAUUGCCUUUGGUGGGGCUUGCAGAAUCUAAGUUGUUAUGGCCAGACAUUAAGUGUGAGUACCUAUCUUGGUGAGACACUGUAUGCUAUAUUCUUGGCGGUGCUUGGUCUCGUCUUGUUUGCGCAUUUGAUUGGAAAUGUCCAGACCUACCUGCAAUCUAUCACUGCAAGGGUUGAGGAGUGGAGACUAAAGCAGAGAGAUACCGAAGAGUGGAUGAGACAUCGACAACUUCCCCAUGACUUAAGGGAAAGGGUGAGAAGAUUUAUUCAUUACAAGUGGCUUGCAACUCGAGGUGUGGAUGAAGAAUCUAUAUUGAAGUCUCUACCAGCAGAUCUUCGCCGUGACAUCAAGCGUCACCUUUGCUUGGAUCUUGUUUGUCGGGUCCCAUUUUUCUCCCAGAUGGACGAUCGACUUCUUGACGCCAUAUGUGAGCGUCUUGUAUCUUCCUUGAGCACAGAGGGCACAUUUAUUGUCCGUGAAGGCGACCCGGUGACUGAGAUGCUUUUUAUCAUUCGUGGGAAGUUGGAAAGCUCCACCACAGAUGGUGGCCGGAUGGGCUUCUUCAAUUCAAUCACCCUCAAACCUGGUGAUUUCUGCGGUGAAGAGCUCCUUGGAUGGGCUCUUGUUCCCAAGCCUACUGUUAACUUGCCAUCAUCCACUCGGACAGUCAAGGCAAUUCUUGAAGUGGAGGCGUUUGCUCUCCAAGCCGAGGACCUCAGGUUCGUUGCCAGUCAAUUCAGGCGUCUCCACAGCAGGAAGUUGCAGCACACAUUCCGCUACUACUCUCACCACUGGAGGACCUGGGCGGCAUGCUUCAUCCAACAUGCUUGGCGCCGCUACAAGAGGAGGAUGGCCAAGCACCUGAACAUGAGGGAGUCGUUCUCCUCCAUGAGAUCAUACGAAGGCGACGCUUCACCCGAACAGAAUCUCGCGCUCAAGAGAGGAACCCACAUCAUUAAAGAACUGCCUAAGUUUAGGAAGCCUUCUGAGCCAGAUUUCUCAGCCGAGCAUGACGAUUAAGGGAGAGCUGAAUAGCUGAUGCAUUCUUUGGUACGGCAAGAUAGCUGUUUCUGCUGCAAACACUGCUGUGCGUCGAUCUUCUACAGAUAUGCAUCGAUUUCAGGUUUGCAGGUGACUGACUGUCGAUAAAAAUGCUAAUAUCGUGGUGAAAUUGUUAUAAAGCCAGGUUUCGUGACUGAACAGAAGAAAGGAAGGAAGGAAGAAAGACGGUGAAAGGUGUGCUGUUGUUGGUUGACUUAUUGUUCAUACUGUACAUACAUAUGAAGUUAUGGUUGUAGCAUUGUUGGCACCUCAUAGGAGCAGAUUGUUGUAUUGGCUGGCCGAGCGGAUUUCUGACGAUCCCAGCUAGGGCUCCGCCAUUCUUGUUUCGGAGUCUGUAAAUUGCAGUAGGAGACCAUUGUUUUGUUUUGCAGCAGUAAUAUCGUACCUGGCUUGGUUUUGGUUUUA